AAAUUUACAUUUAAAAACAGCAUUAAAAAGAAAAUUCUAAUUAAAGUCACAUUCUCCAGCUUGUGUGCUGAAACCUUAAUGUUUAAAUACUGCAUAGACUGUUUACAUCCUGCUUUUAAAAUGUCAUGUCAAAAUUUUAAUUUUAUAUUAUAAUCAAAAAUUCUGCCAAAAUUACAUGAAAUUAUAAAAAAUUUCAUUACUCAAAGUCAAACUUUCAAAACGGUUAAAGCCUCAAGUCUGAUGACCUUCUACCUGCAGUUAUCUGGCUUUAGUGACAGCUCUGGCCUGUGGUGCUGACUGGGUGUUCAUCCCUGAGAUGCCUCCAGAUGAUGGAUGGGAGGAGCAUCUCUGCAGGAGACUGAGAGACGUAAACACGUUUUACCCUGCAUCAUCCUCAGACACUAACUUUAAUGUGGCUUUAUUGUGUCUCUAACAUACAAGCACACAGGAUAGACUCUUGUAACAAAAGGAAGUCUGCUCAUAUAUGAUCUGUCUGUCCAGCUGGUAUCAAAGAAGCUCGGCUUCGACACUCGUACGACCAUCCUGGGGCACGUACAAAGAGGUGGAACCCCCUCUGCCUUUGACAGGAUCUUGGCGAGCAGGAUGGGAGUAGAGGCUGUGAUGGCUCUGCUGGAGGCCACACCAGCCACUCCUGCAUGUGUGGUCAGCUUGACUGGGAACAUGGCUGUCAGGCUGCCUCUCAUGGAGUGUGUGCAAGUGACUAAAGACGUCACCACAGCCAUGUCCGAAGGAAGGUUUGACGAUGCUGUGAAGCUCAGGGGAAAGAGCUUUGAAAACAACUGGAACACUUACAAAAUGCUGGCUCAUCUGCACCCCCCAGACACAAAGGUGAGGAACUGCAGUUGUGCCACGUACAUAAACUGUCUCUAGGUCAGUAAAUCAAUAGUGUGGUUCUGACAAGUGUCUCUGCAAAUCUGUUAGUGUAACAUCAAUACUGCUGUUCUGAAUGUGGGAGCUCCGUGUGCUGUGAUGAAUGCUGCAGUGCGUUCAGCUGUCAGGAUCGGGCUUCUGCAAGGCCACCAGAUGUUGGCAGUGCACAGGCUUGGCUCAUGGGAUG